AUGGCUCCACCACCUCAGCUGCCUCCAGGGCCAAUAUACCAGCCCACGCUGUCGAUAUGGAGGCGUAUUACUCUUGCCAUCAAACUACAGUUCUUCAGAACCCUGACCCAAAUCUUCAUUCCAAUCAUCACCUCACCCUACAUCCGCGGACGUACAAACCUCCCCACCUUCACCAAAACCUAUCCCAUCCACCCCUACCUGACCCACAGAAUCUGGAUCCCUUCCACGUACAAAUCCGGCGACCCACCACUCCCCCUCUACCUCAAUAUCCACGGCGGAGGUUUCGUCCUCGGUGUUCCCGCCGUCGACGAUGGAUUCUGCUCCUAUUUCUCCUCCAAACACCACAUCCUCGUCAUUUCCCUCGACUACUCCAAAGCCCCCGGAUCUCCCUUCCCCCAAGCCGUCAACGAAUUGACCGACAUCAUUAACGCCGUCCUCGAAGAUGAAUCUCUCCCUUUCGACUGCGCUAAAGUCGCCAUCGGCGGUUUCAGCGCCGGUGGAUGUUUCUCGCUCGCCGCUCCACAGGCUGCCUCUCUCCAAGGGAGAAUCCACGGCGUGUGUGCUUUUUACCCCGUUUGUAAUUUCGUGACGCCGCAAUCUGUUUCCAUAGCAGCGAGACCGAUAUAUGCGCCGAGAGAUCGCUUAGAGGAAAUGGGGCCGCUGUUUAACUAUGCGUAUAUACCGCUAGGAACAGAUUUGUGUGAUCCGAGAUUGAGUGUGGCGUAUGCGGAGAGGAAGGUUCUGCCGAAGAAAAUUUGUAUUGUGGGUUGUGAGUUGGAUAUGUUGUGGUAUGAUGCGGAGUUUAUGGCUGAGAGGUUGGUGGGGAAGGAGAGGGUGGAGGGGGAGUUGGUUUGGGAGAGGGAUGGCGUUAGGUGGGAGAAGGUUUUGGGGGUGGAGCAUGGAUUUGAGAGUAUAGAGGGGAUACAGAAGAGAGACAAGGUAGAGAGAGAGAAGGAAAUGGUGAUAGGAAGGAAGAUGUACGAUAACGCAGCAGAGUGGUUGUUCAGAGAAGUUUACAUUUAG